AGAGACCGAUUUCGUGAAAAACAUGGAGCUACAUGUUCGUUUAUGUAUAGAUAGAUAUGUCCCCACUAUAUAUGGCAUCUUUCCCUUUCUUUAUAGGCUCAUUUAAAGGGCAGAUCAAUAGUUGUUAAAAGUUGGUUCCUUGCUUGACCUUCUCCCUCUUGUCACCCUCCUCCUCUGCCUGCCAUUGUACCCUCCAAGGGCAAGAACCAUAAUAAAUAAUAGAAACCUUCCUCGUAAUCUUCGACUCUCUUCACAGAAAAAUCCAAACUUUGAGCUGAUUUUACAACCCAAUUGCGCCCUUUUGCUCCUCAUAGUCCCAAGUCCCGACCUUUGAUUCCCAAGACUGAAGAUCCCCACGUGCACUUUCUCAAGGACAUGGCAGUGGCUGGAGAUUUGGCCGUUGCCUUCACCAGAGCCAUUGCUGGGAACUCAACAACUCUUGAUUCCAAGAACUGGGUCUGUGGGGCACCAUUGGGAAGCCUCUGCAACAAUGGGGUGAAGGUGAAGAGGAAGGCUUCUGGCGGUGGGGUCAGAGCGACGCUGCAAGUUGGUUUUGAGCCAAAGGAGGGUCUGAGGAAGAAUGUGGAGGGGGCUCUAGGGUUUGAUGUGGUGUCAGAGUCUGAGCUGAGGGAGAAGGGGUUCUUGGGGAUGAGUAAGACGAAGCUCGUGUGCACUAUUGGCCCUGCCUGCUCCUCGAUGGAGGAUUUGGAGAAGUUGGCCUUGGGAGGGAUGAAUGUGGCAAGGCUUAAUAUGUGCCAUAACACCAGGGAUUGGCACCUAGAUGUGAUUAGGAAGAUCAAGAAGUUGAACGAGGAGAAGGGGUUCUGCGUGUCUGUCAUGAUGGACACCGAAGGGAGUCAGAUUCAUGUGGUUGAUCAUGGGGCCCCUUCAUCUGUCAAAGUCGAGGAAGGUUCGAUCUGGCUGUUUACAGCAAACAAGUUUGAGGGUACUCGCCCUCGCACGGUUCAAGCGAACUAUUCAGGCUUUUCUGAAGGUAUCAAGGUAGGAGAUGAACUUGUGAUCGAUGGUGGAAUGGCAAGUUUUGAAGUAAUAGAAAAGAUUGGGAAUGAUUUGAAAUGCAAGUGCACAGACCCUGGUCUGUUCCUUCCUCGAGCUAAGUUCAGCUUUUGGCGAGAUGGGAGGAUUGUGGAGAGGAAUUACGAGUUGCCGACUCUAUCAACCAAGGAUUGGGCAGACAUUGACUUUGGUAUAUCAGAAGGUGUUGAUUUCAUCUCUCUAUCAUUUGUAAAUGAUUCCGAUGCAAUAAGUAAUCUAAAGGAUUACAUCUCCACUAAAUCACCAAAGCCAAUUAGAGUACUGGCGAAGAUUGAGUGCCUUCAGGCUCUUCAUAAACUGGAAAAAAUUGUGGAGGCUUCUGAUGGGAUUAUGAUCGCUCGGGGUGAUCUUGGAGUAGACAUCCCUCUCGAACAGAUACCAACAGUCCAAGAGGGAAUCACUUGUUUCUGCCGCCAAAUGAACAAGCCUGUGAUUGUGGCUUCUCAGCUUCUCGAGUCCAUGGUUGAAUAUCCUACUCCAACCCGUGCCGAGGUUGCAGAUGUCUCGGAAGCAGUUAGACAAUAUGCGGAUGCUUUGAUGCUGUCUGGUGAGUCUGCAAUUGGAUCUUACGGACAGAAAGCUCUCUCUGUCUUGCGAAUGACAAGCAAUCGAAUGGAGUCGUGGAGCCGCGAGGAAAAUCAGGAAAGUCUCCCAGUGCAGCAUCAGCUUGGAGUGUCGCUGUCCGAGCGGAUUGCUGAGCAAAUCUGCAACUGUGCUGCUGAAAUGGCUGACAAACUUGGGGUUGACGCAAUCUUCGUGUACACAAAGCAUGGGCACAUGGCAUCCCUGCUCUCACGGAACAGACCAAACUCUCCCAUAUUCGCAUUCACGGAUGAAGAGAGCACACGAAUGGCCCUAACCCUGCAAUGGGGAGUCAUUCCACUCUCCAUCGACCUCACGGACGACAUGGAAGUCAACAUUGCAAAGUCAGUCGAUCUGCUGAAAGCUAAGGGGAUGGUUCGACAGGAAGAUGCUGUCCUGGUGGUAUCUGAUGUGACCCCGACUUGCUCGGCCUCCUCGACUGCUUUCCAGUUGAUCCAGGUGAAGACCAUUUCCUAGAAGGGGCAAAACUCAAGCCUGAUAUACGACACACUCAUUUCGAAGCAAUAAUGAGAUCACUAGUAUCACCUCUAUCGAACGAUAAUUUUGAUCGAUUUAUAUUCUAUGUCGGUGUAGUCGGAAGUUUUGUAUGUGCUUUAUCAUUAUCGUUUAUCAGGACUGCUCAAUACGACAGAAAACAACCUUCUGUUCACCAUUUUAGUAUCUUCUCCUACUCGUUUGCGACUUCAUGAGGGGGUAAUCAAAUGUUCAAGAUUCAGCUCGA